CUCUGGCAUAUAAGAUUUUACAUUAUGUUUUAUUUUUCAGUAACCCCCAUGUCAAACCCUUGAACCAGUCCUCAAAAUUGAAAAUCCUAUCCUCUGUGCUUUCUUGUCACAAAAAAUGGAGUCCCUUAUUGUUACCUCUUCACCUGACAUCACAAAGUUGCUCAGCUCCUCUUCCUCUCCUUCAUUUUCUGCAAAUGGUCAUUCUUCUUUUUUCCUAUAUUUUCCCCACAAUAAGAACUACCCCUCCUCUUCACUCAAACUUAGAACCUCUGUUGUUACAUCAGCAUCAAACAAAGAUAAGAAGAAUAAGAAGAAAUCAGAUUCCCACAGCUUUGUUCCUAAACCCGAUGAAGCUACUGGUCCUUUCCCCGAAGCUCUGCUCCUUAGAGAGAGGAAGGUCCAAGAAGAUGGUAGACUUCUACCCGAGUUUGCAGAUGCUGAAGAGGGUAAGCCAUUAUUUGAGGAACUGUUUGAGGCUCUAAAUCUGCAGUUGGAAAGUGAUCUGAAUGUGGACCAGAUGCGACACUAUGAAGUGGUGUAUCUGAUUCAUGAGGAUCAUGCAGACGAGGUUGAGAGUGUGAAUGCAAAAGUUCAAGAAUUUUUGAAAGAGAAGAAAGGGAAGUUGUGGAGAUUCAGUGACUGGGGUAUGCGUAGACUGGCAUACAAGAUUCAGAAAGCAUCACGAGCUCAUUACAUUUUGAUGAAUUUUGAGGUUGGAGCCAAAUGGAUUAAUGAUUUCAAGAGCAUGCUUGACAAAGAUGAGAGAGUCAUUCGACAUCUUGUGAUGAAGCAGGACAAGGCAGAAACAGAGGAUUGUCCUCCUCCUCCAGAGUUCCACACAGUGGUUGCUGGUACAGAUGAUGAAAAUGAAGAGGAUUUGGAUGAUGAUGACUAUGAUGAAGACGAUUUGGAGGAUGACAUAGAAAUGGAAAUGAAUGAUGAUGGUGUUAUUCUUGUGGAUGCUGACGACGAUGUAGAUGAUAGGAACAGUAGAAAAAGUAACACACACAAGACAGGAAAAAGGAAAGUGAGUGUGUGAAAGCUAGUUGUAUUUAUUUUUGCUCACCAUCUUGGAAUUUUGAUUACUUAUAAUUUUAUUAUAUAUUAGAUUAUAGUUUCGUGA